CGGCGUUGGACGGCGGCUACAUACCCGUUCGACCCGGUUCAAUCUCCCGACAAUGUGAAUAUCGGGUCAUAGUCAUAGCGUCGGAGACAAUUCAACUUUGGGGCUUUCAACAGUCAACGUUCGAAAUUUACCUCAUAUUACGACUCAACCCCUUUUUCUCUCUCUCUGUUGAUUGUUAAACCACUGAGAAUUUCAAAUUCGAUCACAAAGUCACAGCGAUCUGUUUGAUUGAUCCAUUAUUAAAGCUCACAAAGAGAGAGAUAUACAUACAUAUAAUUGAAACUAUUGUCGGUGAGAAUUAAAAAAUGUCGAUGUCUGAUUCCGAUACAUCGUCGCAGGGAAGCGAUUACAAGUACUUCCGGCAAGUUUCCCGUGACAGAUUACUAUAUGAAAUGCUCAGGUCAGCCAAGUCAAAAGACUCAAAAUCAGCAUGGAAGGUACUCAUCAUGGACAAACUAACCGUUAAAAUAAUGUCAUACGCAUGCAAGAUGGCAGAUAUUACAGAGGAAGGAGUUUCAUUGGUUGAAGACAUAUACAAACGACGGCAGCCACUCCCCUCAAUGGAUGCUAUAUACUUCAUCCAGCCAACAAAAGAAAAGUACCGAAUGCUCCCCUUUGUUGUGAUGUUUCUAUCUGACAUGGCUGGUAAAUCACCUUUGUACAGAAAGGCAUUUGUCUUCUUUAGUUCACCUAUUGCUAAAGAGUUGGUUAGUUACAUAAAGAGGGAUUCAAGUGUUCUGUCUCGCAUUGGUGCCUUGAGAGAAAUGAAUUUGGAGUAUUUUGCUAAUGAUAUCCAGUGUUUUACCACCGAUAAUGAGAGGGCGCUUGAAGAACUUUAUGGAGAUGAGGAAGGUUCUCGGAAGGGUGAUUUGUGUUUGAAUGUGAUGGCCAACCGUAUUGCUACAGUUUUUGCUUCGUUACGGGAAUUUCCUUAUGUGCGCUACCGUGCUGCGAAAUCGCUUGAUCCUACUACCAUGACAACCUUUCGGGAUUUAAUUCCUACGAAGCUUGCAGCUGCUGUUUGGAAUUCUCUUACAAAGUACAAAUCUACUCUUCCUCACUUUCCACAGACAGAAACAUGCGAGUUGCUUAUUCUGGAUAGAUCAGUAGACCAGAUUGCUCCCAUUAUACACGAGUGGACAUAUGACGCAAUGUGCCAUGACUUGUUAAACAUGGAGGGAAAUAAAUAUGUGCAUGAGGUUCCUGGCAAAGCAGGUGGCCCUCCUGAGAAGAAAGAGGUUCUUUUGGAGGAUCAUGAUCCUAUCUGGUUAGAGCUCCGCCAUGCACACAUUGCAGAUGCUAGUGAAAGGUUGCAUGAGAAGAUGACAAACUUUGUGUCAAAAAAUAAAGCUGCUCAAAUGCAUCAAGGUUCAAGAGAUGGUGGUCAAUUAUCUACACGGGAUUUGCAAAAGAUGGUUCAGGCUUUACCUCAAUACAGUGAACAAAUUGAGAAGCUUUCCCUCCAUGUUGAUAUUGCUGGGAAGCUAAACAGAAUUAUUAGGGAGUCAAGUCUAAAAGAAAUUGGACAAUUAGAGCAGAACCUUGUUUUCGGAGACGCAGGAACUAAGGAUCUGAUCAAUUUCCUGAGGGUUAAUCAGGAUGUGACACGGGAAAACAAGUUACGGUUAUUGAUGAUUUAUGCAGCCGUUCAUCCUGAGAAGCUUGAAAGCGACAAACUCUCCAAGUUAAUGGAGUUGGCGAGAUUGCCCCAAGAUGACAUGAAUGCUGUGUACAAUAUGAGAUUGCUGGAGGGAUCAUCAGAUAAUAAGAAAAGCUUACUAGGACCUUUCUCUCUCAAGUUUGACGUUCACAAGAAGAAGCACGCUGCUAGAAAAGACCGUACUGAUGAAGCAGCGACAUGGCAGUUGUCUCGUUUUUACCCAAUGAUAGAGGAACUUGUUGAAAAACUCAGUAAAGGGGAACUACCAAAGAAUGACUAUCCCUGCAUGAAUGAUCCAAGUCCAACUUUCCAUGGGACCUCUCAGUCUGCAUCAGUACAAGCAAAUCAAGUUCCAACUCCCCAUUCAAUGAGAUCAAGAAGGACGGCUACGUGGGCCCGCCCUCGAAAUUCUGAUGAUGGAUAUUCGAGUGAUUCAAUUCUGAGGCAUGCAUCAAGUGAUUUCAAGAAAAUGGGUCAACGUAUUUUUGUAUUUAUAGUUGGUGGGGCUACGCGAUCAGAGUUGCGGGCUUGUCAUAAGUUAACUACGAAGUUGAAGAGAGAAGUAGUUCUUGGUUCAUCUAGCCUCGAUGACCCUCCACAAUUCAUUACGAAAUUAAAGCUCUUGACUGCAGAUGAACUCUCGUUGGAUGAUUUGCAGAUCUAAAAAUGAAUUGCUGGAGGAGAUUGCAAGCAAAUUCUCUUAUUUCCCAGGCUACCUUUCCAUUUGUAAACAUACCGAACUACGUUGAUUCAUUUCCAUUUUUGACGUCUUUUAGUAGAUGUCUGGCACGCUGAAAGGGUAAUGCAGAGUUGCAGGAGCAUUCAGAUUCCCUAGAAUGUUAUGCCACAAGUAAUGCUUUAUCAAUGUGCCAAAAAAAAUGGGGUUUUGGGUGUGUUGUAUCAUUUUUUUAUGUCCCAUUCAAGACUGCAUUGUGUGUAUAAUGUCAUUUCUGUUAAUAUAGAGGGCCAUUUCGAAGAAAAAUGCUGUAAUUUGGUGUUUCUUUUGUUAGAAACUCUUUCUUGUUUCA